AUGGUCGCGGCGAAAGGUACCAAUACGAUCAUUCACACACAACGAAUUCACACUGAAGCAUGGCAUACUGCAGCUAUCAGCGAUGCCGUCAGGACGUCUUUAGGUCCAAGGGGUAUGGACAAGAUGAUCCAAACAUCAAAAGGCGAACUCGUCAUUACCAAUGAUGGGGCCACAAUAUUGAAGAGUAUACAAGCACUGCACCCAGCUGCCAAAAUGCUCGUGGAUCUCUCAGCGGCCCAAGACGUUGAGGCAGGCGACGGAACUACAUCUGUCGUCGUACUUGCGGGUAGCUUUCUUGGUGCUGCAGAGAAAAUGCUUCAAAAAGGCAUCCAUCCAACUAUCGUUGCCGAGUCCUUCCUGAAAGCAUCAGCAAAAGCCGUAGAAUACCUCACAGAAAUCUCUACGCCCAUUGACCUUGCAGAUAAAUCUGCCCUUUUGCGUGCCGCAACCACGUCUCUCAACUCCAAAAUCGUAUCCCAAUAUUCUUCCACUCUUGCGCCUAUCGCGGUAGCUGCCGUUACGCGGCUGGUCACCCCUACGUCGUCCAACGUGGAUCUGCGCGAUAUCAGAGUGGUAAAGAAAGUCGGCGGAACCAUUGAGGAUACCGAGUUGGUUGACGGGGUUGUUUUGAACCAAAAUGUGGUUAUUACUGCAGGUGGACCAACACGGAUUGAGAAGGCUAAGAUCGGUAUUAUCCAAUUCCAACUCAGCGCACCUAAACCCGAUAUGGAUAACACAGUGGUCAUCAACGACUACAGACAAAUGGACAAAGUCAUCAAGGAAGGAAGACAAUAUCUGCUCAAUAUCUGCAAAAAGAUCAAGAAGGCGAAUUGCAACGUGCUCUUGAUCCAAAAGUCUAUCCUGCGAGAUGCCGUCGACGAUACAUCACUCACCUUCCUUAAACGUCUGAACAUCCUCGUCGUAAAGGACGUCGAACGAGAUGAGAUCGAAUUCCUAUCGAAAAGUAUUGGCUGCAAGCCGGUCGCUGACAUCGACGCAUUUACGGAAGACAAGCUUGGUUACGCCGAUCUAGUUGACGAGUCAAGUCACGCUGGUGCGAAGGUAGUACGCAUCACAGGAGUCAAGAACCGCGGACGUACUGUGAGCAUCUUGGCUAUGGGUAGUAAUAAUCUCGUCCUCGAAGAGUGCGAGCGCAGUCUGCAUGAUGCGCUGUGCGUCGUCCGUUGUCUUGUUAAGAAGCGGGCAUUGAUCGCCGGUGGAGGAGCACCGGAGAUCCACGUAUCUCGUCUGCUUUCACAAUAUGCGCAGUCAUUGAAGGGCAUGGAGGCAUAUUGCUUCCAGGCAUAUGCCGACUCAUUGGAAGUCAUUCCAACGACCCUUGCUGAGAAUGCCGGCCUGAACCCGAUCGCUAUUGUAACCGAACUCCGGAACCGACAUGCAAUGGGCGAGCGGAACGCGGGUAUCAAUGUGCGCAAGUUGAAGGAAUAUCUCAAGGGCCUGAUCUCGAAUAUCCUCGAGGAAGAUGUCGUGCAACCCCUGCUUGUCUCUACCAGUGCUGUGGAGCUAGCGACCGAGACCGUCUGUCUACUGCUGAAGAUCGAUGAUUACGUCCAGUCUCGGUAA